AUGAAGUCUAAGCAACCAUUCGGUUAUCAAAAACGUAAAAAGAGAAAACCAGAUGAAGAAAAUAGAAAGGUUGAUGUCGGUGUUGUAGAUAAGUUUAUCCAUAGACAACCUUUUGAAGAGCACACUGAAGAGAAUGUUGAAGAGCACAUUAAAGAGCAUGUUGAAGAGAACAUUAAAGAGCAAGAGCAUGUAGAAGUAGAAGAGACAGAAGAGCAUGAGCCUGUUAAAGAUCUUGUUGAUAUAUAUGAUCUAAGAAGGUGGGAAAAACUUAACUCUGAUGAGAUUAAAUUUUUUAUUGAGAAAGGUCCUAAAGAGAUAACAGUAUUAUUAGUGAAGUUUCUUGCUAAACAUAAUUUAGCAUUUCAUGGAUCCAAUGAUAAGUUGUAUAAAAAAGGUAAUGGAAAUUUUUUUGGUGUCAUUGAAAUGUUGGAAGAGUUUGACCCGGUUAUCAAAGAGCAUGUCCAACGGAUCACAAGUGAAGGGCUUCAUGUGCAUUAUCUUGGCCACCUAAUCCAAAAUGAACUAAUAUCUUUGCUAGCUGAAGAAAUUAAAAAAGAACUUAUAAAGAAGAUAAAGAAAACAAAGUACCACUCAAUCAAACUUGAUUGUUUUUUGAAUGUUGAUGAUACCUCCGGAAAAGGAUUAUUUGAUAUUACACUUGAAGUGUUAAAUUCUCUUGGUCUUCAAAUUAAUGAUAUGCGUGGUCAAGGCUAUGAUAAUGGGGAAAACAUGAAAGGAAAACACCAAGGAGAUGUACGGGAAUCUUUACUUCAAGUUGGAGAAAAAGAUUAUGAUGUUGCAAUUGCAAGUGAAGCAAUGUCACUAGCAGAAAAAGAACUUAGUGACUUUGAAUUUUUGGUAUCAACUGUUGUUUGGUAUGAAGUACUAAACCAUGUGAAUAUUGAGAGUAAGAAGUUACAAUCAAAGGAUAUGCAUCUUGAUAAUGCUAUUACAGAAAUAAACAAAUUGAUUGGGCACUUUAAGGAUCAUUGA